AUGGGCGUGUGUUCCUCCAAGAGCGGCGCCGCGCCCGAGGCCCAGGAGACGGAGUUUCGCUUGCGCAAGACGGCGGAUGGAAGAAGAUUGGGCGACGAUUCGACGAAGAACCUCAGCGCGUUCGCUGAGGACAGCGGAAUGUCGGUCGGGAGCGAACGAGAGGUGACGAGGGGGGAACCGAUCGCAUCGCUUCGACCUCAAACCAGGAAUCAGGAGAUUUCGAAAAAAGACUUCAAGACGAAGAAGAAGAACGCGAUCGCGGUGGAGGACGACCAGGUGUUGGAAGGAGACGAUGACGACGUGUAUCGCUUCGAUCAGUCACUGCUAAACAGUGCUCGGGCGGCGAUGAACGAGGACGAGGACGCCGAUCAAAACCGUAGCCUGCUUCGAAGACAAUCGAUCGUGAAGGCUCCGAACCAGACGGUCGCCAAGCCACCCGUCGAGCUGAGCGAGCGUCUCAAAAGGUACGAGGCCGAACCAAAAUUAAAGGCGAAUGAGUUACCGGUUUCAUAUGGUCCAGAAUGGCUGGCACCGCCGGAUAUACAACGAGAGACGACGGUGAGAAAACCAAAAAAGUACUCCAUUGGCAACCUUGCAAGAGGUGAUCAUAAGUUGGAACCGACGAAUUUGACGGACAAAGACUUCUCUGAUUAUGCUCCCGGGAACGGGCCGUGGUUUAACGGUCCGUUCCCGAGCAUGAUGGCAUCGUCAGCAAAGCAAAUGGGUUUAGCGUACGGUAAAUUCUGCGUAGUCGGUGUCAUCACGUUGUUUUGGGUGCCAAACUUUCUUCUUUACCAUAGGCUGCUAAUGAACGGCACGUUUCAGGCAUAUUCCAGGCUCCUUUCUGCAAUCUUAUCGAGCCUUUUUAUGACGCGAACUGUGCUCAACAUGAACAUGGAGUUGUGUCGCAUGUUCUGGCGAGGUUCAAUAGUGAAUUCGCAGGUUAUCUGCUCCUUGAUAGGCGCGGUCGGCUUCUUCUGGCAAACUCUGGUCAUCUUCACCGUUGGAUGGCUGAGCGACAAUCGCGGUAUCUUUUCAUUCCUGAUCGCCUUUGGUGUUGGUUGGUUUAUCGUUUGGAGGCAAGAUCAGCGCCAUGAAAAGCAACAGCGCAUCAGGACAGUGAUGGGUGCUUUCCUUGCGUUGGAAAAAGAUGCGAAGCACAUGGCCCAACUCAUGGGCUCACCGGUGGUUCGUACAAACGACAUCCAAUACAUGAAUGCGGCGCCCGUUUGGGCGAGAUACCGCCCAGAUGAGCUUGUUCCGUGGCUGAACAAUUUCUUGACACAGGUCUGGCCCUUCUACAACAAAGCGGCGAGCGAGCUGGUUCGCGAGAUCGUUGAGCCGUUGAUGGAGCAAUCUCGCCCCUCCAUGUUGAAGAGGCUGACUUUCAAGCAGCUCGAUUUCGGCGAAAACCCUUUCAUGGUGCGAAGCGUCUCAUAUGUCGGGAAAAAAGCCGAGGACAAAGGUAUGAGCCUUGAUAUAGAUUUUGCCUGGGCUGGAAGGUCAAACAUCGUUCUUGCGGCAAAAACCCACAUAGGAGCAGACAUUAACAUCGCAGUUAAAGAUCUUGAGAUUUACACCAAGCUCCGGGUGACACUGAAUCCCCUUGUGCCGCUGCCAAGCCCGCUUGGUGGUGUCGUAAUUUCUAUGACAGAGAGACCUAUCGUUGAGUUUCACGUAGAGUUACCGAGUGGGUUGGAUGUGCUCUACGCCGCAAUUGACAAGUGGCUCGAGGAGUUUGUCGCCGGUCUCCUUGGCGACAUGUUUAUUCAGCCCGAGCGUCUGGUCAUACCGUUGAGCUUCAAUUUUGAUCCAAUCGUCAUGCCGGACGGCGAGGUGAAGCCAUUCAAGUGGUACGACCAUAACGUUUUGCAGCUGCGCAACACUGGGGUACUCAAGGUAACUGUUGUGCGAGCUGAGAACGUUCCAAGCGCGGAUCUCUUGUCCAAGACGGAUCCAUUCGUGAAGAUGUUUGUCAAGAAACAUGGGUUGCAAGUAAACACGACGACGAUUAUGAACAACGAAGACCCAGUCUGGAAUGAAAUCUUUUACAUUCCAGUCGAUGAUGUCGACUUGAGAGUGCUCAAGGUCGCCAUGUACGAUCACGACGUAGAUCCUCUUAGUAGCGAUGACAAGUUGGGUGCCACGGAAGUACGCAUAGACACGAUCAAAGCCGCGACAGCUGAUGGGAGUGAACAAGAACUUUGGCUCGAUUUCCCGGAGCAAGUCAAGGGGAAUGUGAAAAAACCGCCCAUGAAACUGUUGCUGAAUGCACAGUUCAUCUCGUUCGGCAGCGACAUCGCACAAAAUAUGUUCACUGGUCUUGGGCUACUGUCGGUUCACGUGAUCCGCGGCCGAAAUUUGCAACCAAUGGAUUCGAAUGGAUUGUCAGAUCCUUACGUUAAGGUCAAGGUGCCAAAGUUCACCCUUGAUAGUAUGGACAUGGACAAGGGCAAAAUACUGAGGGGCAAGAGAGGUAAGAAGGGCAAGAAGAAUGCGGAAGCUCAUGAUUACACGGUUUAUAGCUCAAAGAUUCAUUACAAGAACCUGAAUCCAGAGUUUAACGCCAUGUUUGAGUUCUCUCCUGCAAGUGAAGACACGAAGGUGUCGAUAGAGCUGUUUGACGUUGAUUCGACGUUUCCGAUGGGGACUAAGAGUAAAUUCAUGGGGAAUCUUGAAGUGCCGAUUUCGACUAUCAUUCACCACGGUGGAUCGAUGGAGGCGAGGUUUAAAGUUGGCAACGCUAAGUCGGGUGAGCUAGACAUCGCGUUCAACUGGCAACCAUACACGUGA